AUGUUUGCUCGGCGUGGAGGCGGCGACGGCGCGGCGUUCAACGCACUCGCGCAGGCGGCGGCGCAGGCUGCUGCCGCUGCGGCGGCCGGCAGGGGCGCGGGCUCUCCGCAGGCGGAGGAGGCGAGCGCCUCGCCUGCGGCCGCGAAACCCCGUCGCGAGGGAGGCUGGACGUCGACGCCCAUCCCCGAGCGCGACAAGCUGCGCGACCGGCGGCGCGACGAGCAGGAGGACGAUGCGCGCCGGCGCCGCGGGCGGCCUCGCGAAGACAGCUGGGAGGCGCGGCGGCGCUACUCGCGCGACGAACUCGACAGCGGACACCGGCGGCGGCGCGACGAGGAGGCCUACGAGGCAGGGGGCGGCGGGUUCGCGUCGCGUCGCGCGCACCGCCCGCCGCCCAGCGCCGCGGCGCACAGCGCGCGUGAAGAGCGCCCCAGUCGCCGCGAUACGUACGAGGGCGAAGACGCGCGCCGGGCGGAGCGCCGCGCGCGGCACCGAGCCCACGACCGCGACGGCGAGGCGAGUCGGUCGCGCCGGCGCUACUACGACGAAGAUGGGGGGGGCGGGAGUGGGGUAGGGGGUCGCGAGGAGCCCGAUGCGGAGUUCGACGAGGUGGAGGCAGGCGACGAACGCGAGAGGAAGCACCGGUCUCGCCGCACACACGAGCGAGAGGACGCGCGCGGCGCCCGCGACAGCGAGCCGCGCAGACACAGCCGCCGCGAAGAUGCGAGUCCCUCACGCCGAGAGAGCCGCAACGGCCGCGAGGGGGAGGAACCGGGCGGCAGCGAGCGACGGGGCGGCGUUUCGCCUGGCGCCUCCCACGACGGCGUGGAGCGUAGGGAGGCGAGCAAAGAGCCGCGGCGCGGGCACGCCCCGCGACAACACUGCAGCAAGACAAGCUUCGGUGUUCAGCAGAAACCAUUUCAGAACUUGACCUACGUGCGCGGCCGCAGCGAAAGCUCCGACCCCGAAGAGAUGCCCUCGCGCCAACCAGAGACCGACGAGGGAUUCGACGGCGCCGACAAAAAGGCGGGCGAAGGCGCGGAGGGCGAGCGGAGCGGGGACGCCAUUCCUUGGUGGGAGAAGAUCGCCGCGCAGCGCCGAGGCCGCGGAGGCGGCCGCGGUCGCGGCUUCCGCGGCGGCUACCGCGGCGCGGGCUCCAACUACCCCGGCGGCGCCUCCCCCGCGAGGGUCAGUUCGCGCCGGCAGCCAUUCUGCGAAGAGGCGCCGGCGGCCUUGGCGCGAAACACUUCCCAGGGAGGCGUCUCGCUGUCGUCGCCGCACGGUUGUUCGGGUUUCUUCGUGCCGCAGCCGGGCUUCCCCGCGGGCUCCGCGCCCCCGCGAGGGCCUGCGUCUGCGUCCGGCGAGUCCUUCCCGCCGGACGGCGUCGCGUGCGGGCUCUUGGCACGCCAGGACGGGGCUUUCGCGGCGCCCGUGAGCAUCCAGCUGCGUCCCCGCGCGCCCUUCGCCCCGCCGGCCGCCGACGACCGCGAGACCUUCCUGGGCGAGAGCGAGAAGGACGACUGGGGGGACCCCGGAGCCCGCCCAGUCGUCAUUCUGGGCCCCCGGGGAGCCUCGCGCGGUCCGCCGACCCCCGGCUUCCCUCCAGGCGCGCAGAUUCGAGGCCCCGCGAGCCCUCCCGCACCCCACGGGCCAAACACCGCGGCGCUGCCCUCAACGGGCUUUCCGCGACCGCGCCCGCCGCCGUCGGGCGCGUUUCCCGAGGGCGACGGGUCGUGCGUGCCCUUCUCGCCGCGACCGCCGUUCCCGCCUUCGCACUUCCCCGCGCGGGCGCCGCCGCCGCCUUACGCCUCGCACGCGCCGCCGCGGCUCGACGGCGGCGCGGGGGACAGUCUCUCGCCGCCCGACGGGCUCGCCCCAGCCGCGGUCCCCGUUGUGUUCCUCUCGGAGAACCGGAGCAAGCGCGGCUUCCCCGCCGCGCCAGCCGAGGAGGCGUGCGGCGCGGCGCUGCCCCCCAGCGGCGACGCCUUGCCAGGCGACGCGCGUGCGGAGGAGACGAAGCAGGCGCAGGGCUUGCCGCGCGAGGACACAAAAUUCGAGGACUCCGCCGCCCCGUUCCCGUUCGCCAACGCCGGCGGCGGCGAAGCCGCGCCGCCGCCGAGCGUGCUGAGCCUCGGGGCGUUCGCUCCCUCACCGCCGCCACCCCCGCCGCCCCCGAGCGGGCCUUCGGGCUUCCAGGGUCCGGGCUUCCCGUCCUUCUACGGCGCCGCCCCGCCGCCAGCAGGCCCGCGGGGGCCGUACCCGCUUCGCGGCGGCGAGGCCUUCUUUUCUGGGACUUCGUUCACGCAGUCGACGCCCUUUGGCGGGCCCCCAGGAGCCCCCGCGAGCUUCCCGCGGGGCGACCCGCCGCUCGCCCGCGCGCCGCCGCCGAACUUUGUCCCGAUGCGCGACCGCGAGGAGGAGUGCCGCGAGGCCGACGAUCCCAGCUGCAUGCCCUUCGCCGAGGUCCCCGCGGGUCUCCCCGAAGAGCCCGAGCCGACCGGCGAAGAAGACAAACUUUUCUUGUGGCUCGAGAAGGAACUCGCGGCCGUUACAAACGACAAGCUCCUGGCGGAAGUGGGCGACGUCGUGUGCUUGGAGCUGGUGGCUGACUCCGUUUUAGCGGAGACGCUUUCUGAAAAGACUGGCCUCGCGAUCCCGCGGCACGCGCCGUGCCCUGUCGACGUCUCGCGUGUCUGUUCGGGUUCGUCUUCGCUGUCUCUCUCGCGGAUGCCGGCGGCGGCGCUGGCGCUCCUGGAGCAGCUGGCGGCUAGCGACGACGAGGCGAGCCUACUGGACGGCCCCGCGGCUGCCGCGCGCGGCUUCGCGUGUAGGCCUCUGUCCGCGUUCUCCGCCUCGCCGGUCGCGGCCGCUCUCACAGGCGCACGGCUGCCGGCGGCAAGCGACAACAGUCUUCUCUUUCCGCAGCUCGUGCGGCGUCUGCGCGAGGCGCCGCGUGCGGAGGCGGGCGACAAGCGCCAGGAGGACGAGGAUACCGACGCGACGCACGCGCCCGCCCCAGCGAAACGCCAGCAGCGCGACACCGACCCUCACCUGCGAGCCGCGCUUUUGCUCGGGAGAGCAGGGGCCUCCGCGGCCGAGGAGACGCGAGCCGUGAGCGUCUUCGCGCUGUCGUCGCUGCCGAGCCCGGGGUCGCUGGUCGGCGCGGCGGAGCCCGACGCGCCGGAGACGCGUGGGCUGCGCUGCCUAGAGGACCUCGGGUGGCAAAUCGACGCGAGAGGCCGCCUCCGCCGAGCGGAGAAAAACACGGCGGCCGCGGCGGAUGCGCCUGCGUCGGCAAACGACGAGCAACACGUGUUCCACGAUCUGCGCGGGUACGAGAUCUCCGAGGGCUCGGCGUUUCCACCGCUUGCGCUGUGGAUCUCAUGA